AUGAUGCCCGGCCAGUACACCAAGCAGCCGAUGGGCAUGCCGACGGCGCCGCCGCCGCCUGUUGGCCUCGUCAUGCCGCUCAACGAGGGCAUGGCCAACCCGACGAAUGGAAAUUUUGGGCAAGGCGCUUUCAUGCAGGGCACUCCGAUCUAUUCGAGCCAGCCGGGCGCCCCGAUGCCGCCGCCACCGCCUGGAGCAGCCGUUCAAUGGAUGGCCCCGCCGGAACAGAUGCCCGGUUGCCCACCCGGCCUCGAAUAUUUGACUCAGCUCGACAAGCUUGUGAUUAAUCAGCACAUGAGCAUGCUGGAGGUGAUGACGAGCUGGGAGGUGAAGAACAAGUACAGCGUGUUCAACUCGGCCGGACAGCAGGUCUACUUCGCCUACGAGGAAUCCGAGACUUGCGAGCGUCAGUGCUGCGGCCCGUUGCGAGGAUAUACCAUGCACGUCGUCGACAAUUUCCAGAGGGAAGUGAUGCGCUUCACCCGUCCGUUCAAGUGUCUGUGCUCUUGCGGAUGUUGCUCCGGAUGUGACAGUUGUGCUACGGAAACUACGGUUGAAGCCCCGCCCGGAAAUGUGGUGAGCGUCGUUCGGCAGGUGUUCGGCUGCUGUUGCCACAAUUUCGUGGUUCGCACCGGUGACGAGAGCAAGGAUAUUUUCAAGAUCGAAGGCCCGGGCAUGUGCGGCUGGACGUACAAUUGCAACUGCUGCGCCGACAAGGUCUACGAGAUCAUGGUCCCCGAGGGCAACCAGGUGAUCGGCUCGAUCAGGAAGAAGUGGCGCGGAUGGGUGGCGGAGACGUACACGAAUGCCGAUGUUUUCACUGUGGAUUUCCCCAUCGACCUGGACGUCACGAUGAAGGUCGCACUCUUCGGCGCUACUUUCCUGAUUGACUUCCUAGCCUUUGAAGAACAAAAACAGCAACGACACCAUAGCGAUUUCCUGGCCUUCGAAGAGCAGCAACAAAAUCGAAACCACAACUACGGCUCCUAC